AUGGCCACUAGAACGUCGUCGCGACAGGCUGCCCAGAAAGCGAAGGAGGCUAUCACGAACAUCAGUGACACCAAACCCAAGAAGACUGCUGGCGCAAAACGCAAAGGAGCGGCCGAGAAAGACUCGAAGCCCAAGCGGGGAAAGAAAGUCGAACAUGAGCCAAAGCACGAGGAAGAACAGCCAGAUGGCGAGCCGCAGAGGAAGGCACAACCACAUCCAGAGCCAGAGCCAGAAUCAGAGUCAGAAAAGAAGGAGAAUGUAUCUGAGGAGGCCGUUCCUGGACCCGGCGAAAAGGACGAAAAAGAAGAGCAGGAGAAAGCCAGCAGACGUCUUAGCGGGCAGCGUGAAGAGCAGGUAGAGAAGACAAAGGAAGAGCAUAAAGAAGAAGUUAAGGAAGAGGGCGCUCAAGAGGCCACUGAGAAAAAAGAGCCACAGGGCCAGGAGGACGCGACCAAAGAGCCUGAGGAGAUAUCUGCUGAACAAAACGCCCAGGAUGGGGUCGAGGCCGGAGUUAGAAAGUCGCAAGAACGGGAAGACAUUGUACCUUCCAAUAUCCUUGAAAAGGGCAUCAUCUACUUCUUUUUCCGUCCCCGAGUCAACGUUUCGGAUCCACACAGUGUGAAAGAUAUUGCUCGGAGCUUCUUUGUUCUACGCCCGACACCUCUGGGUGCGGUGCUCGAUGCCAAUCAAGGCACCGUGGAUACUGACGCGCAAUGCCGGUUAAUGAUUCUCCCCAAGAAGAAGUUCCCCAUGUCAGGCAGGGAGAGAGAUAUGGGCUUUGUGGAAAAAGCAGGAAUAUCGAUGAAGGAGCUGCACGACAGCUUCAUGGUCGGCGGGACAUAUGAAACUACAACUCGAGGCGAACGUACGAUCCAAGAAGCAAAGCCAUACGCGGAGGGAGUCUACGCGAUUACAUCAACCAAGCGCGCAUCUCAUCUGGUGUACAUUUUGACCAUUCCCGAAGAAUUGGGAUCGCUUCAGGAGGAUUUCGGUCUUCAUUCUCGUGGCAGUUGGAUCCUUCAAUCGAAGAGUCCUAAAUAUCCUGGCCCAGCCUACGCACAGCUACCCAAAGACCCGGAGUACCCAGAUAGUGUGCUCGAGAAAUUCGGAGACUAUCGAUGGGUGCCUUUGGAACCUGAAUUUAUUGACUAUCCCAAUGCGCAAUUUCUUAUGAUUGGCGAAGCACACGACGGCCUUGGGAAGGCAGCAACAGCUGAACCCGGCAGUAAGCAGCCGCACGAGGAGCAGCCCGGCGAAGAACUGGAGAAGCUGGAAAAAGAGAACGAGGAGAGAGUGGAAGCUUUGCGAGGUGAUGAGACCGUCUAUGAGGACCUGGGGUUGCAUGCAAAGAACUAUCCCAAAGUGCCCACGACAUGGGGCAACAAAUAA